UAGCGUUGUCUCCGGACGGGAAGAGAGUGGUGAGCGGGAGCGAAGAUGGUGCGGUGAGAUUGUGGGACAUUGGCACAGGCAAGGUCAUCGCCAAAUGGACUGGCCACAGAGAGCAUGUGAAUUCUGUCUGCUGGAGUCGAGAUGGCGAACGAGUGGUGAGCGGGUGCAAUCAAGACCAGGCACAAACACUUGUAUGCAGUCGUCUAUUCGCCAGAUACGACGACGAUUGCGACUGCUGGCUAUGAUGAAGUGAAAAUCUGGGAUGCGAUGACAGGCAAUCAGGUCACGACUCUCAAAGGACACGCAAGUACAGUGGUUUGCCUGGCUUGGACCACAGACGGAAAAAUUCUUAUAUCUGGGUCAACCGAUCGCUCGGUUAGGACAUGGAAUACCGAAACCUGGGAGCAGAUCACCGUUCUUAAGCCAGUACAGUUUACACACACAUCCUCCCUCUGGGCCAUUGCAAUCUCUCCGAAUGGCUGCAUCCUCGCAAGUGCUUCAUCUGACUGUACAACGCGAUUGUGGAAUCUCAACAACGGCCAGCCCAUCAGUCCACCCCUCAAGCAUGCAAACACAGUGACCUGUAUGUCGUUUUCAGCAGAUGGAAAACAACUGGCUACUGGCUGCUAUGACUACGAUGCGUACACAUGGGAUGUUUCUGCGAUUGUUGGAGAAAAUUACAAUAACAACAACCUUCUGUUGGAUCUAACUACUGAUGCUACACGACGUCCGGUCCAGCGACCUGACUCGGAGGAAACUUCCCAUCGCCGGAUACCCCCAGGUUUCUUCGAUCCGUUGCCCAAUGCUGAUGGUCAUCGAAUUCAACAGGCCGAGGAGGUCCGCCCCAGACCGCUCGUAGAUUUUUUUGACCACUCCAGGGAUCGUGUUCGUGUGCGUGCCCUGCAAUAUGGACCUGCAAUCGAAGCGCCAGUUUCCUUGGAUGGGCAUACCACAUCAGCUCCACCUUCUUUUAUGCGCCACUUCUCGUCCCUCUUCCACCGCUCUCAGCCUGAUCCUGAUGUCACACUAAACCUCUCACCACGCCCAUGGUUAGGGUUUUUCUCUCGCCGUGCCCCUAGUCCUCGUACUGUUGGUCAGCGCACAUCGCGUAGAUAUGUCGCUCCUGUUCCGAAUAUCAGACGUACUUCGCAAGGACAGCGACGACGAGACCAGAACCAAGGCGGAACAUUAUUAUUGCCGACAUCGCAUUCGCAGCCAGCGGGUGCCACCACAUCGGCAUUGGCACCUCCGCCUCCGUCUCCGCGUCCACGCCCUCUUUCCGUCACCAAUCCCGCAGUCACACCAUCUGCACAACAGAUUGGAUACUGGACUCUUUUUUUGCGUCGUAUUUGUUGUUUUGACUGUUGUUGUAUUUGCCGCGGGUCCAGUGAAUCUUCUGAUGAUCGUCCUUGACAAAGGAGCACUGUCGUUCACGCUACUCACCUUUCCCUUGCUUGCGCCUGCCCCUCAUUGUACUCGCAUUUGGAUGCAUUAAUAUCACACCAUCAAAUGCUUUUGCGCUACAGUCCCAUCAGUCUCAUGUUUGUCUAACCACAACAGGAUGUCCAUCACCAAGUUGUGUGUUCUUCGCAUUGCCCAGUAGCCUAUAUAUACCACUCUGAUACUACUUACAUAUAUUCGAAUGCAAGCUAGUAUUAUUUAUGGA